AUGUUGCCGAAGCUGGGAAGUCGUAGCUCCUUUCCGUUGUUCCCCUCGAUCUUCGGUCCACCUCCGGCUCAUGUUUUAGAUCCACUGGAGGUCGGCAAGGCAAGCGGCUGUGGAGGUGGCAGGUUUCAGACAGAGGAGACGUCAAUCCCGGAAGGAGGGGACAUCUCAGUAGCGGACAUCAACGACGACGACAUCGACUUUGAUGAAGAGAUUUCUUUUUUACCCGACAGCCAGUCACAGAGAGGACGAUUGGUCCAAGCUGUCGACGAAGCCAUCUCUCGGAGCAGGUCUGCGGUUGCUGCCUGUGCGUCCAACCAGAACAGCUUUGAGGAUGGCAGAUUCGACAUCAUUUCAAAAGGCUUUGAAGAGUUGGUCGGCUAUUCCCGCGCAGAGCUUCAGAGCAAGGAGCUCAUGCGGCUGUUGUCGCCUGACAUUCGAUGUGCCUUCCAGUGCGAGAGCCAGCUAAACAUGGCCACCGAUACAGGUGCCACCGCCGCGGCGAUGCUACGAAGGAAGACAGGGGAGCUCGUGGCGGCACGCGUCCUGCGGCAGGUCUUCACAAUUCCUUUGGCAGACUUCGCCCUGCAGGACUUGCAGGUUUCAGUGGUCAUGUACAUGGAGGAGAAGUCCGAGGGCACUUCCCCUCUGCAUCGAAUCGAUGGACUUGACGGACCUGUCGACUCCGCUCCAGAGCCAGAGCUGGCACUCUUUGACAGGAUGCGGGACUUACAUUCAGAAGUUGUUUCUUGCGUGAUGAGCAAAGUCAUGGCAGACAGCUGA